GGAGCUGGUGUCUCUUCAACCACUCGAUCCCAAAAUGGCGAUGCGUACAAGGACUAUAUGUUUGUUAAUUCAGACAAGGACAAUGCCAGGGACACAGAAACACUGAUUUUGGCAAAAGACAGCGGCAAGCAGUUCACUCUGACUACAGGAGGAGGUUCCCUCUCGGGCGACUCCAUCCAGAAGGAGAAGCUCAUCACAACCUAUGGUGAAGGAGCUCAGCUCAAGGCAGGGACAGGAAAUGCUUACUACGGAUCAUCUGGAGUUUUAAUGAAAGACAAAGGCACGCACGCACAGCUUCGCAAGAAGGGCGGCGUCUGCGGAGGCGGCUGGUGUUGCUGCUUUGACGCCUGUUGCUCGUGGUGGAAGUGGCUCUUGGGGUUCCUCCUCCUUUUCCUGCUUCUGCUCGGACUCCUUUUCGGCCUCAUUGCGCUGGGUGAGUUCCUAUACCAUUAUAAUAAACUAGUUAUUUCACUGUAAUAAUAAUAGUACAUA